AUGCCAGAUGUUAUCAACUUUAGGAUCCUCGGUGGCAUAUUUUGCCUGGAGGACAUGAGCUCUUACCCCUUGAAUGGCGACGUUAGCAAUCAAGUGAGCGGAUGGGAACAAACUCCCUCGUAUGCCCCAACCCCUGGAAACUUCGGCCGCGAGCCAACGCCAUCUGUAUUUUGCCCCUCCCCCGCCUAUACGUACGGUGACCCAUCUUUUCCCUCGCAUCGACCCGCAUCAUACUGUCUUGGCUUUCUUGAGUAUACUGGACUCAACCGGAGAGGAACACACAAUGGGGACACUCCUGAAUCUAUAGCCUAUCUCAUUGAGUAG